GCUGCCACUUGCGUAAUAAUAAUAUCAUAUUUAUCUUCCUUAAAGCUACACAAAAAACAAACUAAUCCAGUAUCAGAGAGAGCGAGAGAAAGAUUGGAAGAAUGGGUGUGGUGAUAAUUGACGGAUCAACAGUGAGGGCUUUUGUGAGUGACGAUGAGCAAUUCAAGAAGAGUGUUGAUGAGGCAUUUGCAAGUUUAGAUCUCAACAACGAUGGGGUUUUAUCACGCUCUGAACUACGCAAGGCUUUUGAAUCUAUGCGCCUCAUCGAGACCCACUUCGGCGUCGAUGUGGCCACUCCUCCUGAACAACUGACACAACUUUAUGAUUCCAUUUUUGACAAGUUUGAUUUGGAUAGCAGUGGAAGUGUUGAUGUUGCAGAGUUCAGGUCUGAGAUGAAAAAGAUUUUGCUUGCUAUUGCUGAUGGCUUAGGAUCUUGCCCUAUUCAGAUGGCUCUUGAGGAUGGUGACCAGAAUUUUCUCAAGAAAGCUGCUGAUCUUGAGGCUUCCAAGAUUGCUAAUGCUGAAGCUUCUUCUUAAUUGUAUCGUGUUUAUGUCCUCUUGCUAUGCCAAGCUUUAAUUUCAAAUAAGAGAAAAGUUCCCUUUUUUUGAAAUUUUA